AUGACCCGUGAAGCCUUCCGCCUACCAGACUUUACCGUGACCAUACGCUUUCCCAAGAUUCCGAACCACAGAGGUCUCGCGCUGGCAGCCAAGACUGUAAAGUGCCUGUGUUGCUGCAACCUCUGCAACAUCCGCCGUCGACACCACGACAGCACAAAGGAAGAACCACAAGACGACUCCAGCAGCAUGGCCGAGGCGGCGCACUCACCGGCGGCGCGGUCGCCCUGGGAGAAGCCCCGAGGUGUAGGCGCCUACCCCGACGGGGAGGACAACUACUUCCGCGACUCAGACCCCAAGCGCAAGCAGCAGCAGCAGCAGCAGCGGCAGGGAAAGGACGCGGCCGAGUCCAUGAUGACCAACGGCGCCGGCGUGGCCCCGUCCAUCGCCGAGAGCGACUACAAGUCAGCCAUCCCCGAGGAGUCGCUGGACGGGGACCACUACACCACCGACGGCCUCAACGUGCCCGCGGAGGAGCUGUCGCCCGAGGACGCCGUCGACAGCAAGAACGAGAGCAGGGCCGCCUCGGCGGUCGGCCUCGACGCCAAGGCCCCCAAGGGCGGCGACCAGAAGACCGAGGCCGGCGGCGCACCGCCGAGCAGGAUGGGCAUCAAGAGCGGCGAGGACGCCGAGCCUAAGCAGAGGCAGGCCGAAGACGAGGCUGCAAGCAAGUCCGGCACCAAGGUUGACGACAAGGUCCAGCCGGACGAGGCUGCGCAGCCAGACCUCCAGGAGGUCGAGCCAGAGCCGAUUGCGGAGGGCGUCGAGCAGGCUCAAGAGAAGCCUGCCGACGCCGCCAAGGUCGACGAAGAGCAGGAGAGGCCCGCCGAUGCGGCCGGCAUGACGGGCUCUACCGUCAAGGAGGGCGUGAGCAAGGUCGGCUCUGCUGUCGGCUCUGCCGUCGGUGCGGUGGGCGACGACGCGUCCAAGCAGGGUGAGGAGAAGGUGGGCGAGCCGGAGGCCCAAGUCGGCGAAGCCGCCGAGGAGGCAAAGGACAAGCUCGACGAGACUGCCCAAGACGCAGAGGCUAAGCUGGACGGCUCGGCCGAAAAGGCGGACGAAACCGCCGAGGAGGCCACUGACCAAGCAGACUACAGCAUCCUCAAGGGCGGCAAGGUCAACAAGGGCGGCAACGUCGUCGACGGCGAGGGCAAGGUGGUCGGGCGCAUCAGGGAGGGCGUGCUUGGGCACCUGGUCGGUAAGCGCGUCGACGAAACGGGCGCCAUCUGGAACGACAGCGGCGCCGUCAUGGGGCGGGCCGAGCCCAUCCCGGCCGACGAGCUCGAGUCCAUGACCAAGGCCUCGGGCCCGUUCGAGGCCUUCCCCGACGCUGUCGUCGACGCCAAGGGCAUGGUCGCGUUCGAGGGCGAGCUCGUCGGCAAGGUCGUCGAGGGCGACGCCAAAAAGCUGCGCGGCUUCAAGGUCGACCCGGACGGCGACAUCCUCGACCGCGCCGGCAACGUGGUCGGCCGGGCCGAGCGCUGGGAGGAGCCCGAGCCCGAGCCCGUGCCCGAGGAGGAGCCCGAGCCGGAGGCGGACCGGUCCGUCCUGGCCGGCAAGCGCGUCAACAAGGCCGGCAACGUGGUCGAUAGCAGCGGCACCAUCUACGGGCGCGUCGUCGAGGGCGACGCCAAGCGCAUGGUCGGCCGCAUGUGCGACAAGAAGGGCAACGUGCUCAGCGAAUCGGGCGACGUGCUGGGCCGCGCCGAGGUCGUGGCCGAAGGCGAGCGCGAAGGGUCGCGGGAGGGCCCCUUCGCCGAGCUGUCGGGCCUGACCGUCACGCGCGACGCCAAGGUCGUCACCCCCGGCGGCGACGUGGUGGGCCGCCUGGUCCGCGGCGACGCCAAGGCGCUGGCCGGGCGCGCCGUCGACGAGGACGGCGACGUGGUGGACAAGAACGGCAACGUGCUCGGCUCGGCCGAGCGCUGGGAGGAGCCCGAGGUCGAGAAGCGCUCCAACCCCAUGGCGGGCCGGCGCGUCAACCGCGAGGGGAACGUGGUGGACCAGGACGGGAACCUGGUCGGCAAGCUGACGACGGGCGAGCUGAGCGUGUGCUCGGGCAAGGAGAUCGACGCCGACGGCGACGUCGUCGACGGCAAGGGCAACACCGUCGGCCACGUCUCGUUGCUCGCCGACAUCCCGCCCGAGCCGGCCGAGGAGGAGGAGUCGGCCGAGGACAAGGCCAAGCGCGAGCUCGACGAGAAGGACAAGGAGCUGGCCAAGCGCAUGAGCAUCGCCCUGACGCAGGUGCUCGACAAGAUCAAGCCCAUCUGCGAUAUGAUCACGAGGAAGAUCGAAAAGGCCGACCGUACCCCCAAGGAGGAGCUGGACGAGGAGGAGCUCGUGCGCGAGGUCCGCCCCCUGAUCGAGGAGGGCGGCAAGAUCCUGCAGGAGGCCAACGGCGUCAUCCGCGGGCUGGACCCGGACGGGCGCAUCCAGGCCAACGCCAAGCACAAGGCGGCCACGCGCGACGCCACGCCCGAGGAGUACCACCUGGCCGACAUCCUCAAGGAGCUCACGGGCACCGUGUCCAAGUGCAUCGACGACGCCAAGAAGCGCCUCGAGGGCAUGCCGCACGCCAAGAAGGAGCUCAACCCGCUCUGGGGCCUCCUCAGCGAGCCGCUCUUCCAGAUCCUCGCCGGCGUCGGCCUGCUGCUCAACGGCGUGCUCGGCCUCGUCGGCCGCUUGCUCAGCGGCCUGGGCCUCGGCGGCCUGGUCGACAGCCUUCUAGGUGGCCUGGGCGUGAAGCAGAUUCUCCAGUCGCUCGGAAUCGGAUCCCUGACCGAUGCAUUGACUGGAAAGAACCAGAAGAAGAAGAGUGGUGGCCUUCUCGGUCUGGGUGGCUAAAUCAACCAUUGGUUGAUGGAUUUAGUGUGUG